GACCCUUCUUUCCCUGCCUGUCCUAUUCUGCCGCUGUGAAGCCUGUUUCUGUGACUUCCCUUCUCCCUCUUAAAUUCCAGUGAGGCAUCCUCUUUUUCCUCCUGGGUGCUGCAGGGGGACCAUUGAGAGUAUAGGUGAGACAGUCUCCUUGCUCUGAGUUCCACUGCCCCAGCAUCUGGGUGCUAAGAGCAACAAUGAUUGGACAAGUCCUGCUUAGCCCCUGGAGCCUUGGACUGGAACAGGCUCAGUCACUCUGGGGAUGUUGCCUGCUCAGUCUGGGUGCCCCAUAGGAGCUAUUUGGGGUGGAGAGUGCUCACUAGAGAUAGAAUCUUACCUGAUAAUUUACCUGCUAAAUUCUAACACGUUUCUACUGAGCAUGUGCAAAUUCUGAUUUUUCAUAGACAAGUAACUUGGCCAAAUUUGGGUGAAUUGUCACAGGGGCAGAGCUAACAUGUCUGUUGUUCUAUGAAAACAAAGACAAAAAGACUGUAAUUGUACUGUGAAAUACUCUAUAUAUUGCUAUAUCCUGCAUUCAGAAAUGGAAUGACAUCACAUGCUGGAGUCCGUUAUUGUGCUAAUAAAAUUAGUAAUAUUCAAUUUUUGUAUUGAGUUCUAACUCAGGGUAUUCUUAUAAUUAUGACUUUGUAUCAUUGGUAAUCAAUUAGUUUCUUCCUCAGUCGUCUUAUUUGCUAGUGAUUAUGUAGGUAGGCAUAUAUAUUAGGUAAUGAGUUCAUAUUUUUUUUGUAUUCAUGUAAUGGUAAUAUAUUGACAAGUAAAGUAACUGUUAAUCCAAAAAAAUUUUCUGUGUGAGCUAGUCAGAUUUGCAUUUCCAACACACAAACUUUAAUGUGGAAUUUCUGCACAAAGUAAAGGGACUAGGGACUUUUCCUGUAAAUUACUCAAGCAGAGAUAUGCCAAAGCAAUAUCGUUUUCUUCUAAACAAGGACUUGUUGUGGGUUCAGUUCUCAGGAUUCCACAGAGAUUUACACCAUCAUAUGGACAAUUCUUUGGUAUCCAUUUCAGAUGAACCGGACACAUUAUACAGGAAAUUAUCAGUUUUAGUUAAAGGCCAUGAUAAAACUGUGUUGGACAGUUAUGAAUAUUUUGCAGUGCUUGCUGCUAAAGAACUUGGCAUCUCCAUUGAAAAAGUACAUGAACCUCCCAGGAAGAUAGAACGAUUCACCCUUCUGAAGUCAAUACACAUUUUCAAGAAGCACAGAGUUCAGUAUGAAAUGAGGACACAUUAUAGAUGCUUGGAGUUAAAACAUUUAACUGGCAGUACAGCUGAUGUCUAUUUGGAAUACAUCCAAAGAAAUUUACCUGAAGGGGUUGCCAUGGAAAUAAAAAAGACCAAAUUAGAGAAACUACCUGAACAUAUUCAGAAGCCCAUUUGGGACAAGCUACCUUCAGUAGAAGAAACAGCAAGCACGUCAUGAGCCCUUCAUGUACUAAAGCUUUUUCACAUCUGUUAGCAAUGGAAGCUCAGCCUCUGCCUGUUAACAUUUUAAACACAGCAUCUUCUCAGAGGUGUUACCCUCUAUCCAACCUCAAACCCUGUCUUAAUUUUGCAAACAAUACUUAAAAAUUAUGAUGAGACAGGUCAUUUGCUACCCUAAUUAUCAGUGAGUUAGGAUCCCAGCUCCAGGCCAUUAGCAGAAAGACUGGACUGCUGUGAAAAUGUUUUGUCUGUUUUUCUUUUAUCUAAGUCUUAUGUGGCCAAAACUUGAUAAAUGUACAUGAACAGGUCAUGGAUGUACGGUAAUGGCUUAUUUCUGCAUAAACACCACAGGAUUUGUGAA